AAUCAUUGUUGUUCAAGGUGAUGCAGAUUAUGAAGCUGAUCGCUUACUUUUCUCCGGAUCUUCUAAAGCUCCAAAGAAUGCAAAUGGAUGUUAAUUCUUCUGUAUUCGAAGUUUAUUUAUUUUUGCAUAUUAAAGCACAUUAUACCAUGCAGAUAAGGUGUGUCCAUGGACCAUGAACAUUUAUGCAAUGUGAAGAGUAGUAGAGACUUGGUUUGUGGCAUUCAUUUUAAAAGAGCGCCAUCAUGUGAUUUAAUGUUUUAUGCUUUACCUUCGUAUAAGAGUACUCAUACACAGGUCAGGGCUCAAUAACCAACUUUAGUAACUUGUGCGAAUAUUUAACCCAGAACAGGUAAUUCGUAUAGUUCUGAUAGUUCGAGCCAUUGGGACACAAGUCUCAGAAGUAACUUAGCCAACAAUGGAACUUUUUUGAAGAAAAGAAAUAUGAGAAAGUCUUGUUCCUUAAUAUUUCAGGUACCAUGUCCUGGUCAUGUCUUCAUUUUUAUGUCCAGUCAUAAACUUGUAACAUAAUCAUAGAUGUGGAGUGAAGAAUGACUUUACCUAAGGACAUAUCUGUUUCCCGAAAUAAGUAAAAAUGUUAAAUAAAUAAAUAGUUUAGGACUAUCACUACUAAAAAAACAAAAUUUGGGUUGUGGACAGGAAAGAAAAAGUCAAAAGAAAAUAUCAACUUAUCUAGUGGCAAGGAAGUAAUAAAUUAUAAUUUAACUAGCUUGAGGUGGAUCAUGGGCGAUGGAGUACUAAUGAUAAUUCAGCGUUCUAGCAUCAGCUUGGAAUCUUAACAUUCCACCGAAAAUAAAAGAUCUGGUUUGGCGAGCAUGUGCAGACUGUUUACCGACUUUAAUUGUGCUUCUAGAGAAACAUGUUCGAAUUAAUGAUGUAUGCCCGGAAGAGCUCCAGAAGCAUAUGCAUGCUGCUGACGAGUCAAGUGAGGAAGAUGUUGAUGGUUCCAGAAAUGAAGGAUAUGUUGGAAAAACAUGCGGAUGAAGUUGAGAGUGAAGAAGGUACCUCUUCCGAGGGCUCAGAGUGUGGUGGGUAUGAUGAUGAAGAAGAAACUGGGGAUGAUGAUAAUGACAGUGAAGAAGAUUGCAAAAAGCCUUCAUCUUCAAAGGACUGGGAACAAAGUGAUGAUGACAAGUUUGAUACAGAUUUGGAAAUUGAAGGUAGCAGAACAGGAAAUAAAGAAAAUAGUGUUGAUGAUGAUGACGAGGACGCUGAAGAUGAUGAGCACCAUGUAUUUGAAGCCCACAAAAAGUUGACAGGAAUCAAGCAAAAGCAAAUGAUUCUGUCAGAUCCUAAUCUUGUUUGACACUAAUGAUCAGCUGCAAUAUCAACUCAGUGUCUCUGUUGGGAAUGCUCUAAGAUUUCUGUACUUACACAGGGCAAGCAUACUUGUAGCAGUAAUUGAAACUCUGCGUGAAUAUGUUACCGUCUAUGAAGGAUUUAACUCCUUCCCUAAAAUAUUCUUGGCACUUUCAAAAGUUCUGUGAGCACCGGCAGGACAAGUGUACAUGCCUAGUGAAUUACAAGCUGAACUCCAAAUGUUGCUGACCUCAUAGAAAAGAAGGCUGAUGAGCAUCACACCUUGUGUCGUCCCUUGGAAAUGUGGUAGCAAAAGCCAGUGCCCAUAAAGUUGCUUAAUCCGAAAUUUGAAGAAAAUUUCGUGAAGGGUAGAGACUAUGAUCCAGAUCGUGAACGAGCUGAGGGCAAAAAGUUGUGAAAGCUUCUAAACCGUGAAGCUAAAGAAGCAGCUCGUGAACUGAGAAAAGAUAAAUAUUUCUUGUCCAAAGUGAAAAACAAAGAAAAGAAAUUAUUAUCAAACAAUAUUAUAAUUUUUACUAAUUUUUUUUUCCCCAGAAGGUGAUUAAGCCCAGGAGCUGCUGCAUCUACCAUUGACAACACUGCUCGAAUCAGAUGCAGGUUUUACAAUUACACCAAGCAAAUUUUUAAAAAUAUCUCUGUGUUUGUAAAUUUUUAUUUCAGUACUGUUGUAAAAUGUAAAAUGGUAAAAGAAGUCAAAUUCUGAUGUGGUAGGGAGGUGUGGCUCCUGAACCCUUUACUAGAUCCGCUGUGACUGCAACCUAAUUAAGCACGCCACUCUCCUCGGAUUCUGAUCAAGAAGCCACUUCUAUGUGUGCCCCAAGUUGGUGUCAAGUGAUUAUAGGUUUUUGGGAUUGCUGGUGCGAUGUCGUACGUGCACCAAAUAAUAUUUUGGAUCUGCAUUGGUACAUAAUAAUUCAUCCGCAUUAUGGCGAAAUAACUAAUCGCCAGUUGAUUCAGAGUACUGCUGGAGCUGAUCCGUAUGUUUGUUGGUGGAAGAUUUAUUAUGCAUUCAUUCAUGCUAGUGCAGAAGGUAGAUUUCAAUCUGCCACAUGCUGAAGGAAACAAACACACUACACAUAUGAAUGAUCAUUUGCGAAAAACAGGAAUACUUUGGCCAUGCCUGAAGAAAUUUGCAGGAUCAACAGCAGCCUUCACUCUCAGCAAUCUGUCGAAAUUGUUACCAAAAUAUUUUCUGCCCCAGACGCUUGCUUCUGCAUAAGUCCGACUACCUUGUCCAAUAUCAAGAUCAAGAUAAUUCACGUACGAAGUCCUUGGACUAUUCGUACCAUAAGGUGCAUAGUAGAUGAACAAUUCAUCGAUCCAGUUGAGGCGUUCUGUAGCAUCCUCGUCGAGAUUGAUUCCAAGGUUGUACAUGUACAAGACACCAGGACGAUGUGGAAAUGGAAGUGAGGACUCCGUAUAUUCAUCCAUUUUCCCUCCAAAUGGCGUAAAUUGCAGAACUGCUGUCUGAACAGGAAGCCGUAGCAUCCUGUCCCAGACGCCGGUGAGGCCUUGUGCAGAAAUCGGCACCCUCACGAACCCUGAUUUUCCCUUGUAAGCACUCCGUGGAAUCGCGUUCCUGUCCAGCAGGAUUUCUGGAGGCGUUCCGAGUGUGAAAUUUGAGAAGAAUGGGGCAGACCGAAUCCAACUCAGCUCGACGCAAUCUUCUCUAACCAAGCCUAAUUCGGGAAAUUCCUUUUGCAUGAUCGGAAGCAGUCUAUCAAUUUUACCAAGAAACAAGGAUUGAAAUACGAACCGUACUGUUUUCUUAUCUUCGCGAGCACUCGAAUUGCUUAGUAAUGUGUCAACUACACUUCGAACGUCAAGAUCUCUUUCGUCGAAAUUCGGAGCCACUGAUUGCCAGCGUCGAAAAAGCUCUGCCCCGUUCUGUUCCAAUGUUCUCGCAGCUGCAAAAAUCGUCACGGUUUCGGGGACAGGAACAAGUUGUAUUUUCCAGGAAACAACAAUUCCGAAACUAGACACUCCACCUCCCCGAAUAGCCCAAAACAAAUCUUCUCCCAUCGAUUUCCUAUUGUGAAUUUGGCCAUUUACAUCGAUGAAACGAGCAUCAAGCGUGUUAUCCGCAGCAAGACCAUACUUUCGUUUCAUCAUGCCGUAGCCUCCUCCUCCGAGAAAUCCGCUGACGCCAACUGUAGACCAAAGGCCAGCAGGAAAUCCGAGUGUCGAACUCUUCUCCGAAAUUCGGUAGUAAAGUUCGCCUAGUGUUAGGCCCGCGCCAACCCACGCGGUUGAACUUGUUAAGUCGAUAUUCACUUGUCGAAAAUUAAUCAUAUCGAGCAACACGAAAGGCUCUGUUGCUCGAUAUGAUUGGCCCUCGAAGUCAUGACCGCCUCCUCGGAACCUGAUCGACAAGGCGUUUUUACGUGCGCACAGAAUCGCAGCUUGGAUCUGCGAUUCUUGAGCGGGUGUGACAAUGACUUGAGGUUUCGGUGUUGCUGGUGUGGCGAACAACAAGUUGUCUAUUCGGGCAUUUAGAAUCGACGUAAAGGAAGAGUUACUCGGGGUGAAUGUGACACUAGAAGUUGUAUCCGGGUUUAGAGAAGAACGAGAAAGACAUUGAACAAAAUUCUGGCUAGCCACUUCUGCAGAAGCUGGCCACGAAAAAGUUAUAAAAACAGGAAGAAAAGCUAACAAAAGAACCCAAGAAGAAUGCAUGAUGAAAUGAUGUUAAAAUGAGAUGUGAUCAAAUAGUACGAUAGUAGCUGCUAUUUAUAGGUAUACAACCAAGACAGCAAUAAGGAUGCAUUCGAGAGCUGGUAACAAGCAGUGACGGAACCCGAAGUCCAAACUAGCAUUAUUUUUAGCGUUUAUUCGAUAUAAGUCGGGGCCGACGUGUAUAAGAAAAGGAAAAUGCUUCAUUGUUAGGAAUCAAUAAUUUUUGAUGAUAACAUAAACAUUUUUGUAACAUGUCUUACUUAGAAUCCUUAUCAAAUUUCAGUUGUAAUUGUUA